AAAAUCCCCAUCGGAUAAGUAAAUUGUGAGUAACUUAAUUUUGUCAAAUUCAAGUAAUGUGAAAGCUCAUCAGCAAAAAAAAAGUCAUAGCUUUGAAAUAACUCUCGAAUCUUUUAAAUUUUAUGUUCUUAACAGAAUAUCCUCAUUGUAAUUCAAAUCCUUAAGUGAAUUUCUGAAAUUAAUAAAAACAUGGAUAGCCUAAGCUCAAUAUCAAAGUCGACUGUUGCUGUAGGGAUAGCUGGAGCAUUAGUUCUCGGUUAUUGCAUUUAUUUUGACCACAAACGACGAAACGCGAAGGAUUUUAAGAAGAAACUUUAUCAGAAACGACAAGAGCGUGAGAAUCGUAAAAAUAAAGUAGGAAAAACAAAACUGCCAGAUUUUAAUGACCAUGAAGCAGUUCAAAGAUACUUCCUCCAUGAAAUUCAAAUGGGAGAAGCUCUUAUAUCACAAGGUGAUAUUUCAAAUGGAGUUGAGCAUUUGGCAAACGCUGUGAUAGUUUGCGGACAACCUACACAGCUUCUCCAAGUCCUUCAGCAAACACUUCCUGCUGAAGUGUUCACGCUUCUGAUUCAUAGAAUGAGAGAUUUUCAGUCAGAGAAUCAACCAACCCCUGGAAUGAAGCUUGCUGAAAGUACCAAUGACGAUUUGGAAAAACGCCUUAAAAUAUUCUUCAAUAUGAUUCAAGAUUACGAACAAGAGUAUGGUGAAAUGACAGCCGAACUCUUAUGUCUUUUAAGAAAGUUUUUACAAUCAGAUCCCGACGAGAGAAGUAACUCUAUAAAAGAAAUAAAAGAAAAAAUAGAAGCAUGUCAAGAGUUACUGGAGCAAAUGACUAUUGAAUCUUACCAACAUACAAAUACUGACAUAAGAUUAAGUCAACACGCCAGGAUUAGAUCUUACAGAACUGAUUUGGAGCGUUUUGAAGAAGAAUUUAAAAGAGCUAAAGAUAGUUUCAACAAUACGCCAAAGACAUUCCUUGAUGAUUCCGAAGUUGGUAUCGAUUACAGUCAACGAGAGAAAUUAUUAAAUAAUACAGAAAGACUUGAACGAACUGGUAAUAUAAUGCAAGAUGGAUAUCGAACUCUGAUUGAAACUGAACAGAUUGGAGUUCACGUUAUGGCAAAUCUAUUGGGUCAACAUGUUUCUGCUUUUAUCGUUCCGCAAGAAAUUCCAUCCUUGUUAUCUCUUGUUUAUUCAAAUAUUCCGCCAAUUAAAAAAGGGACCGAUUCAAGAGUUGGUUUUGGUUAUCGAUUAGGUGACCAUGCUGAUUUUCAGGUACAAUUUGAGAUAGGACCGCAAAAAGAAACUCAAGCAAUAGGAUCCGGAUCUCUAAGAAAACGAUACACAAAUCCUACGGAGGAGUUCGAAGCCAAAAAAGCUAACAAGAAGGAAGAGUUCAAGAAAGGAGAAAAACAAAACCAAACUGGGUGGCUUCAAACUUGGCUUAAAAAAGUUAACAAGGAAGAACCGGCAGCAGCUACAGAAUCAUCAAUGCCAAAAAAUAAACCAAUCGUAUCUUCCGAUGUGCUGAAACAACUUCAAGUGUUGUAUCAAAGUGGACAACAAACUGUUAUCGAAAUUCAAGCUAAAGAUACUGCUGUAGGGAAUCUUUCAGGUUUAUCAAAUCCUGAAACAAUUUGAAGAGUUGACACUGCAAAAUAAUCAUGGGAUAGGAUUUAGGUAUUUAUUAUUGGUUAGACUUUAUGUGUUAUGUAAAGUGGUUAAAAAAAACUAAAGCAAUAAAUAAUCUAUUUAUAUACAAAUUU